AUGGCCGACGGAUGUAAGGUCCACAUUGAUAAGUUGGAUGUGGAGAACUAUAUGACGUGGAUUUCGAAUAUUAAGUUUUUUCUGACUUCCAAGGACUUAUGGAACGGGGUUGAGGAUCCCGUAGCGCAUCCGGCUCAAUCAAACAAAGCGUUGUCCAUCAUCGGGCUAAACGUUGAGGACCAUCAUUUGGGGUCGAUUGAGGAGUGCAAAACCGCAAAGGAGGCGUGGGAUCUCCUUGAGAAGACCUACAAGAGCAAAACCAAUACAACGAAGAUGCAACUCAGGCAAGAGCUGCGUUCUCUCAAGAUGAAGUCGGGGGGCAAGGAGAAGGGCCACGGCAAGGAUGAGAGCCGGAGCAAGGGUCCCAAGUGCUAUAAUUGCGGGGAGUACGGUCACAUUGCUCGGAAGUGCAGUAAGCCGGAUAGGCGGGAGCACAAACCGGAGCAAAAGAAGGGGGGCAAACCUCCCAAGGGUGUGGCCUUUAGCAACAUUGAGGGGGUGUCGACUGACGAGUGGCUAGUCGAUUCGGGUAGCUCCCAACACCUAACCGAGGACAAGAGCCUAUUUGAGACCCUCGAAAUGUUCGGGGGGAGUGGCCAAGAGUUCACGUUCGGGGACAAUGGAACCCUAUGGGCAGAGGGGAGCGGCUCGGUAGAGCUGCGUGGUGCGACACCGACCGGAGAAAGUCUGGAAGACGAGAAGUGUGAGCUUGAGGUUGACGGGGAGGUAGUUCUUGUGGCUCGGAAAGUGACGAGGGUCUAUGUGGUCAACCGAGCGGAGAAGGAGACGUGCUUCCUUGUAAAGGAGCCGGAAACGGCGGAGCUGUGGCACCGACGGUUGGGACACGCCGGGUACAAAAACUUGGCGAAGAUGGUGCAAAGGGACCUUGUGGAAAAGGAAAGGGUGAAACCGAAAAAGCGAGGUGGCCAAGAUCACAGAGCACAUGAUCAACCGGUUGGAGUUGCAAUCGGGAAGCAGCUCAAGUCGGUGCGGACGGAUCGGGGCAAGGAGUAUUUCAACAAGGUCCUAGAAGAGGCUUUCGGGGGCAAGGGGACAAUCCACGAGAAAACCGCCCCCUAUAGCGCCGAGCAGAUUGGGACGGCGGAACGGCUUAACCGGGUUCUGGAGGAGAAGACCCGGCCAAUGCUUGAGGACUCGGGGUUGGCCGAAGAGUUGUGGGCGGAAGCCGUGGUGACGGCCAACCACACCCGGAACCGGACGCCCCCGGACUCGAAGGCGUACAGGUUGCUCAGAGACCGUGCCGGGAAGUUAAUUAUCUCCCGGGACGUCAUACACUUUGACGAGGGGAUCGGGGAAGACGGGGUUGUCGAGCUUGGCUCCGACCCCACGGACGGUUCCCAGACGGCGGAGGGUCCCGGCGCACAGGUUCACACGGAGGCCCAUGAGGGGCUAAAAGUUGAAUCUCUGCGCGAGGGCGACGCGGCGCGCGCGCGCCCGACGACCCGCGGCCGCCGCGCGCGCUUUCACAAACGGGCCAAAAUGAGGGCAAGUUUGAAACUGUGCGCGAGACCAGCAGAGCCGGAACAGAUUGAGGAGGAUAUCGGGAGGCAAAAACCGGCUGCCCAGAGGUACCCCGCGCGCGAAAGACGCGCAUCGGGGGAGUGGUACCGCGCUAACUUAGCGGCGGAACCGAAGGCGGGGGAGCACCUCAAAGGGACGGGGAAGCACCUAGACCUGCAAAGCUAUCAGGAAGCCAUAGGGGGAGAAGAGAGUGAACUAUGGCGGAAGUCGAUGGACGAGGAGAUGCGGUCCUUGUUGGAGAAUGGGACUGGGGAGCUCGUCAAAAAAUCGGAAGGGGUCAAGCCGGUUCUCAUAAAGUCGGUUUACAAGAUAAAGCGGGACGCUCUCGGCAAUGUGGAGCGGUACAAGUCCCGGCUGGUGGCGAAAGGGUACUUGCAAAAGCAGGGAACUGACUUUGAGGAGGUCUACGUUCCGGUGAGCAAGCACACCACAUUGCGUGCAUUGUUGGCGGUGGUCGCUGAGCGCGACUUGGAGCUGCACCAGCUGGACGUUAAGACGGCGUUCCUCAAUGAGGAGCAGGAGGAGGAGAUCUACAUGCAGCAGCCGCAGGGAUACGAGCAAGGCGGGCCCAACAUGGUCUGCCACCUCAAGCGCACCAUGUACGGCUUGCGCCGGGCGCCGCAUGCAUGGUACAUGCGCCUGAAUGAGGAGCUCGGGAACUUUGAGUUCGUGGCGUCAAUGGCAGACGCGGCGCUCUUCAAGGAGAUAGUAGCCGGGGAGCGGGUUUACCUGGUGGUGUGGGUAGACGACAUUCUAGUGGCGGGGCGGACCGCAUUGCCAAAUGAGUGCGUGGGAAGCAUGUUGUACUUGAGUGUGUGCACUCGGCCCGACAUUGCACAGGCAGUGGGCGCGCUUGCGCGCUUUAUGGCGAGGCCGACAGAGGAGCACUGGCGGGCGACGCUUGGAGUUGUGCGCUACCUGGCGGGUACGGGUGAGGACGGGGUGACCUUUGGGGGGAGCGGAGAGACUCUCAUCGCUUAUUGCGACGCAGAUUACGUGGGUGACGUGGACACAAUGCGGUCCACAACGGGUUUAGGGUUUUAA